AACUCAAAUCGCGAUGGGAGAGCGUCGGGUCAGCAGUGUCACUCUGACUUAGCACCCAUGUACACGAGUCGAGCGGUGCCGGCUCCUACACUAUUAUCGUAACUAAUAAAAAAAAAAACUUUAUAAAAAAAAAGGUUUAUUAACAACCAGUGCAAAAAUAUGCCGUGAAAUUAUUUUUUCAGUAAAACAUGUGAAUGCAGACAAUGUGAAAACUUUGUGACGAAAAGUUUUUUGAAAUUAGUUUUAAAGUGUUUUUAAAUUAGUAUUUCUUGUAGUUUAAAAUAUUUUAUCAGUACUGUUAACUGUCAAAAUUGGCAAAAUGGAUAAUUAGCUAUUUGUUUUUACUAAUUUGUAGGGUUUAAGCUUAUUAAUAAAAAGUUAAGUGAGAGUGAAGUUAAAGCUUGCAACAAUAUCACCAACUGCGACUUUGAUUGGCGCUAAAGCGAACACCAUCGCUGUUGAAAGGAAACUAUAAAAGGGUUUUCGUCGAGAGCAGAACUUAGUCACUUUGGUAAACUACCCAUGUUACGAUGCUGGACGAACUACUGCCCACUCUAGCGACCAACCGAUCCACCGCUCCUGGACACGACCACAACUUCUACGUCACAUUCUACGAUGACGUCAACCACAGAUAUGUUAACGAGAGCCAUAAUGCCACGGAGUCAUACCAGUCAUUCAUCCUCCCCUGGUGGCGUCAAGUGCUGUGGACGGUGCUGUUCGCCGGGAUGGUGGUGGUGGCCACCGUGGGGAACCUCGUCGUCAUCUGGAUAGUGCUCGCCAAUAAACGCAUGAGGAGCGUCACCAAUUACUUCUUGGUAAACCUGUCAGUCGCAGACGCGAUGGUGUCGACUCUCAACGUGACGUUUAACUUCACGUACAUGCUGAACUCCGACUGGCCGUUUGGGCAUUUCUACUGCAAAUUCUGUCAGUUCAUCGCCGUGCUCAGCAUAUCUGCCUCUGUGUUUACAUUGCUGGCUAUCAGUGUGGAUAGGUAUGUGGCCAUAAUGAGCCCUCUACAGCCGAGGUUGGGCAAGCGAGCGACCCUCGGCAUCACAGCUUCCAUCUGGGUCCUAAGCUCCGUGCUCAGCACGCCCAACCUGAUCUACUUCACCACCGACAUGGAUUAUCUGCCUGAUGGGAGUAUUAGGCGAGUCUGCUUCUCCGAGUGGCCUGACGGUAUCACCACGCAGUCUCAAUUGGAAUAUUGGUACAACGUGGCCUUCAUGGUGCUAACCUACUUCUUGCCGAUCAUGUCUAUGACGUAUACGUAUUCACGGGUCGGCAUAGAGCUGUGGGGAUCCCAGUCCAUUGGGGAAUGCACGCAGAGGCAACUCGACAAUGUCAAGAGUAAACGCAGGGUAGUAAAAAUGAUGAUCGUAGUGGUGGUAAUAUUUGCCGUCUGCUGGCUGCCAUUCCACGUCUACUUCCUCGUGACGUCAUACUAUCCAGAAGUGGUGAACUACACGCACAUCCAGGAAAUAUACCUGGGCAUCUACUGGCUGGCCAUGAGUAACUCCAUGUACAAUCCCAUCAUCUACUGCUGGAUGAACUCGAAGUUCCGAAGAGGCUUCAAGCAAUUCUUCUGGUGCUGCGGUGCAUUCGGUGGCGGUGGGCUCGACAGACGCCGUGGCUUCGGAACUGAACGCCUAGACAGAUCUGUACGGUCGCUAUCACCUAGCAGGAAGAAUGGUACCAGUUUAUUCAAGACGACAAAAUUCAUCAAAAACCCACCUGGCUCUCCUCACUUGCUCCAUGCAAAUAAAAUACACAAGCACUAUCCGAAUUUCGAUGCAUAGCACUUACAACCAGACGCUGGUGAGCACGGCCUGACAGCGGAGGUGCGCGGGCGGCGCGCACGACGCGUGUGACGCGCACGCGCACGCCGCGCCGCACGCCACCGAGCGCACGUGGAUAUGACGCGAGUGUCGCGCCCCGCGCGUCACACGCACGCCACACGACCUCUACGCGUAAGCCACGCCGCGUAAUGGACGCUUCGACGUUACAAACGUUUGCAAGUAAUAAGUGUCAUAAACGUUUUAUUUGUUUAAGUGGUCUACUAGUCAUAAUAGAAGAACAUAUAUGGAGUGUAAGAAAUGUUUUGUAUGUUUAUAAAGGACAGGAAAUUGAAAACGCUUGCAAUUAUAUUGUAUUUUAUCUGAACUCAUAAAUGUUAGAUAUCCUAAGGUAAUCCUUUUUUAUAUAAUUUAAUGACCCUGAUCAAACUCGUGCUUAUAUGUAUUAUGAAUAUCAUCCACGUUUAAACGUGAUGUAAGUAACUAUUACGUGUAACAAAGACGUUAUUUCUGUAAAUAUAAUUGGAAUUCGUUUUCUGUAAAUACUUGGGUGAUCGGAACAUUGGUGGAAUUUUGUUUACAAAACCAUUGGUGUUAAUUUUUAAACUGUUUAAAAUAAAGAUCAUGUUGUUUAAUCGCACAAAAUGUGUAGGUGUAAGUGCGAUCCACAAUUGAUAAAAAUUGUUGGCUUGGCUACAAAAGAUUUUAAAUGUCUUAUUAUCUUGAAAUAUGGUAGGUUUUGAUCUGAAAGAUUAAAAGGUUAAGGGUAUUGAAACCAAUAUAUAAAAUUAAGUUUUUAUGAAAUGUAAAAAAUAUUGUAUAAUAAUGCUAUAAUAAAUUAUAUUGUAAAUAUUAUAAAACUUAUGAAAUAAGUAGAUAUUUUAUUAAAUGUAAAGAUUUUCUAUCUCCAUAAUAUAAAGAUGUUUAUAUUUUAAUUAGUGGUAUAAUAUUGUAGACCAAAAAUAAAGCACGCUCUAUAAAUACAAUGACGGUCAUAUUUUCUGUAAUAAAAAUCAAGAAAGGUAUAGGCGUCAAGUAUUUUGUAAAUACGAAUGAAAAGCGCUAUCUAAAUCAAAUGUAUCAAUAUCAUUCCAAAUGUACGAAUAUCACACGACGUGCGAAUAAUAUUCAAAAUAUUUUUCAUAAAAUUCACUUCGUGUCCUACAGAGACAAUAUGAUCGAUAUCCAACAGAAUGCAAUUUCUGUUACAUUCAAUACAUUUUCUAAACUUGUCUGCCGAAUAGAAAUAACUCUCGCAUACAUUCAGAAUUUGAAUAAGGAACAAUAUUUUAUAUUUCACACAAUAAAACUUCACUAUUUGUGACACAUAAUGCUUUUAGGGAGAGUAGGUAAUAUAAUAUUAUCAAACUGAGUAUUCUAGAGACGCUAAUUACGACCUCAAAGUAAAAACAUUAACCCGACUACGUCAAUUCUGUAAGACAAAUUAAUAAAGCAAAAGGUCUAGAAUUAAGUGGAUUGUUUUAAUUAUAUGAUUAUAGUGCAUUCUCCUUGGUUGCAUUUAUGUAAAAGGCUACAAUUUCUUAUAGCAUAUUUUAAAAGGCAGUGUUAGGAAUAAAUGAUUCGACUACCCUUGCGGUGGAAAAUCUGUUCUAAAUAAAAAUCUAUUUGCACAUUUUUGUGGGUUUAGCCAAAUACAUUUUUGUGUAAAUAACACAUUGAAACGACACCAAAAUAGACGUAAUAAUAAAGAGACAUUGGUAUAGAGUCAAAGCAAAAUUUAAAUCCACUUAGGGAUAUUAAAUAAAACUCAGUGUUAUACUAUGAAGCUCAUAUGUCACUUUCUUUGAGCUACAUAACACUCUUCAAACGACAUCAGAACUGCUCGCUUUUGACGAAAGAAUCGGUGCAAUCGACAAAACCUUAUGCAAUAUAUCCACGAGACGUAUUGGAAUCCGACCACUAGUGCAUGCACUAUGUUUACUGCAGCCAAUAUUGAAACGAACUAAUAUCUUCAGGCGUUGUUUGCCGAUACAUUCCUACGUCAAUGUCAGUGAAUAUCAAUAUUCAUGUUUUAGAUUUUAUGCUUUGGGUUAUAGAGGAGGAUUUUUUUUUUCGUAUUUUCAUUGCAUAUCCCAUUGUGAUGCACAAUUGAAAAUUAUUUUUUUUUAAAAAGCUCUCUAAGCUAUUAAAAAAAAUGAAACAUUCUGGAUUUAAAACUGUUCAUUUUGACGUUCAUCAUUCAAAGAUCUUGACAUUUUAAUCCAAAGGUAAUACAGAUAAUUACAAAUAAUAAUUAUUUUUGAGAUAUUAGGUACCUAUGCUUCAUAACUAAAUGCACUAUUUUUUGCACUGGCUGAAAACACGGUCUGGUAGACACUCAAAAAAGUUGAUGGCUUCGGAGGUUGCAUUUGUUUUGUUACAUUGGCCACUUCUAGUAUACGUAGACCGUAGCGUCAUAAUUUGGACAAGAUAAACGAGAAAAGCUAACUCAAAUUGGUACUUUUUGAUAUAAAUGAUGGCAAGUAUGUCGUGGUCCACCAAUUCAACUAGGCACAAUUUAAAUAAUAUUUAAAGAGCUUAUUGUACGACUUUAGUAAGUUAGUACGUAACUUUCAACGAUUUAAGUUAUAUUAAAUAAAAAACUUUUCGUAAAAAACCGGGAAACGCUUUAAGGUUAAUGUAUUUUGCAUUUUAUUUUCGUCAUUCCUCAUAAACUCCGUUUUAAGACUGCGUUGUCACCCCUGCAAACAGAUGUAAAUAAAAACAUGCAAAUAAUUAUUAAAGUUACCAUACUUAUAAUAUAAGCUAUCUAUACAUAAAUGGUACCAUAAGUUACUCGUAUACGUACAUUAUAAUUAUAUAAUUAUGUAAAUAAUAAACCUGUAUGUAAAUAUAUUUUAUUUGUACCUAAAAUGUAACGACAUCUUGUAUUUAUUAAAUGUUUAGAAACUCUAUGUGAAAUUGGAAAAUAAAAUUAAUUAAUAUUUUAGAA